AUGCACUCGCCCCGAGACCUCUCCCUGCGUGUGUUCCAUCGGCUUGGCUCCAACCAACUCAUUGUAAGUCUUCAGAUCAAUGAAGGGGAGGAUGCAUAUACUCGAGUCGUACAGACCUUCCGAAAGGCGCAGCUGCCCAGCUGUUUCUUCCGACCCACCUUGGAAUACGUGGCCCUGGCCAUCCGUGAGUCCUUGGCGGACGCGAACCAGGCAGCCAUUGGUGGAACGGGGCGACCUGGUGGACUGGCCUUUGGACUGGCUGAAGCCUUUGAGGAACGGGCUCCGUCCCCGUUUGGAGCAGAUGUGCGACAGUUGCAACUGAAAGGAUUUAUUCCACCAGAUGAACAUUCCUGGGGCUUGCAGUUCUUCUCCCAUCAAUCUGCGACCUUUUGGUGUGCCUACGACUUCCUGUUGCGGCACCGGCCCUCGUUCUUCCGGACCAUUGGAACCUUGGAGGACUCCUACCUGUGGGCGAUCCGGGAACUCUUCCAAGGCCGCGCCGUGGCGGUGUCCGAGCUGCAGAGAUGUCAAGCAAUGGAGAUGGAACGUUUGAGGCAGAGUGAAGAGGAAGCAGUCGGUUGUGAGGAAGCAGUAGGUCCCGUAGGUGGUGAUGUGCAAGUGCUUGUUGGACAGCAUGUCAGUGAGAUUGAUGCCUUGGAACGGCACUGGCAGAGUGAGAUUGAGCAACUCAAGGCCAAGCAAGAAGCCUCCUACCAAGACUUGGUGGUGGAUUUUUUUGAACAAGAGAUGCUUGAGGCGAAAGAGAUGAACCCGCUCCAGUGUCCAGAGCAGGAAGGAGACUAUUUGGCCUGCCCUCUACAUCCAGCUGCAUGGAAGGAACGAGUCCACCCCCCGUGGGACUCCUCCGCUACCGUCCAGACGAAGGUGACGAAGAUCUCGGAGGUGCGCGCGACCUUUGGCGGAGUUUCCGGUGGUCCGUCGGCGCGCACCUCCUUUUUCAUCUUGCGGCUUUGGGUGGGUGACGUGAUGGAGCUCAGUGAGGCGCCCGAGAUGGUGGCCACGGGGGAUGCGGUGCCGGAUGCGGACGGGGCAGGGCCUCAACUGCCCAGGGACUUCUUAGGGCUUGAAAGCUACAGAUGUGAUUCCUACAUGAGCACCUUUGGCACCUGGCAAAACCAGCAGCCCAUCCUUGGCUCAGCCAAGCCCAGGGCACCAAGGCCCGGCCCCGAGGUGGGCCGGGAGGUCUCACAAUCUGCGUCACUUCGAUUCUGGCGCGAGCCCAACAUCCCUUGUUUACCCCUGUCUCCCAAUGCCUACGCCAGUCGACUAAGGGGCUUGAUCAUCCCAACCCCGGAGAACCUCCAAUUUGACACGAUUCAAGUUUCAAUGCUGCGAGACCUGGACGCUCGAGGCCAAAAGGUGACUGAUGUUCAUUUCCCUUCACUGAAGAAGCAGUUCGAAGCGAUCAAGCAGAAAGAAGAGUGGUGUUCGGCAGGUUUUCGUGCGGGAUCCUACUUUUGUACGAGGCAUUCCAAUCUUGGAGGUCGACUACAGGUGGUCUUUCAUUUGCUCGUGCCUUCCGACGCUCACUCCGCGGACGAGCUCCCUGCCUCCUUGCACCGUGCGCUCCAACGGAUCUUCGCGGACUGUGAUCGCUGUCAUGUGGCCGAAGUGACGCUACCACUGCUGCUGCUGGAUACGGGGACCUCCGACACCUCCUUACCCUUCGCCUCGGCCCAGCGCCGUGCCGAGCAAUCCCUCAAGGCCCUGAAGUCGGCCCUCACGCAGGUGGCCGAAACGGCCGAGGGGACCCGCGAACCGGGGGCUUCAGUGGUGAACUUAGUUCUCCCGGUGUCCGCCUUGCAGAGUGUGGGCAAGACCCCAAGCGUCGCUCACCUAACCCAGAGCUUUCUGGAAAACUCCUUUCAAUGUGUGUGA